AUGUUAUCAAGCUUGGGAGAGCGGCAUUUUUCUUCUAGCCAAGUUAUCUUUGGAGUACCUGCUCUCUAUCAUUGUUUUGUUUCAUCGUGGCAUGUGUCGUUCACGGUGGAAUCUAAACGGCUGCAGUUGAGUUACGUGUCCCCAUGCCUUACCGCACGUUAUAAUAGUGACGCGACGCUCUUUCUCGCAUCCAACCAAGCCAGGGACGAAGGAUAACGCCGUCGCCGCCCCGCCCUCUCUCCCAUGCUCCUCGCAAAUCGCCACCACCAUCACCCAAAUCAAUCGCGAAAUAGCAAGUCUUCCGCUCUUUCAUGGCGACCGACGAUCACAGGUGGUAGAAGAAGGCGAGAUUCGAAUUUACCCUCCCACUCCUCGGCGUCGCCAUGAAGGCAUCCCUCGAGCUCCGGGAGGAUCGGAGUCCCCUGUUGCGAGCCAAGCUCCCUUUCACCGCCCUCGGCCUCCCUUUCCUCUCUGCCUUCACAGCCGGCGACCCCCGCGACCUCCGCCUCGACCUCAGCACCGCCUUCGACGCCGGCCCCGGCGUUCGCCUCUCCUACCGCCCCAACGACACCCGCAGCCCCUUCUGUCUCGCCGUAAGGAUGGGGACCGGGGCCCUCGGCUCCCCGAUCGCCGCCCCCUUCGGCAUGUGCGCUGAGUUCAACCCCCUCGCAUGGGGCGGAGGCAGCCCCUUCUUCUCCGUCGUUUUCAAGCCCCGCCUCGGCGACUUCUCCCUCAAAAGGAUCGCUCGAUCCGGAUCAGGCACGCCUCCGCCGCAGGCUGGCUUCGGAUCCACAGUUCCGGAGAAUGGUUUCCACGACGGUAAGAGCGUGAACGGGUUCGGCCCCGGGGUCGCCUCCGUCGACGAUGCCCGCAGCCUGCUUUUCGGCACAGAGCUCCGAGCGAGCAGUGUCCUUCCGCUGCGAGGGCCAACGGCCCUGAGGUUCCGCUGGGGGGUAAGGCUGCCGGCGGAGCUCCGCAUCGCGAAUGGCGAGGACCCCGCGGCGGGAGAUGGGAUCUCGUUCCGGAGGCUUCCACAGCUCGUGAUGACUAAGAUCACGAUCGAGCACAUGGUGGAAGGUAAUAAGGCACGGGAACAGAAGAGCGAGUCCGUCACCGGGGUGGUGGCCGAGCCGUGGUCGUCGGUGAAGCAGCACCUGGAGGCGCUGAGGGCAGAGAACGGAGUUCUCAAAAGGGACGUGCGGCAGCUUUGUGCCGAGGUCUUCGCGAGAAGGCAGGCCCCGACAUCCGGCGGAGCCCAGGUCAAGGAAUGGAGGGGCGUCGAACGGGGCGGCAAGGCUGAGAUGAGGCCUCCACCACCAUCGGCGCCGACGGACACCAAAGAUAGGCGAAUCGACGGGAAAUCGCUGCGAACUGGAGUCAAAGCGCGUACGGAGGACGUGAACGAGGAGCUGAAGAAGGCGCUGAUGGCUGCCACCGGCUCCUCCGGGAAGUGAGCACCAACGUCGAACACUUGAUCUGCGCUCAGUGGAAGGUUGUUGAAUUGUAGAUGAGCCGAUAAAUAUGCUACCAUGGUUUUCAAAAUAUACUACCAUGAUUUCA